AUGUUGAAGGUCUUACAUGUCAGACUUGUAUUAUUACUCUUAACAACAGCGAUAAACUUCAGUCGUGCAACAUAUGUUACACAUCCUGAAAUCAACUUCAACCCUAUCAAAGCAUUGGGCAUUGCGGGCUCUUACAGUGGCAUAUCUUUAUACAAAGAUACAGAGCAGCUCACGCAAAUUGAAAAGUCGACCUCAUCUGUCAUUUCUUUAACAGCAAAUGAUACAUUAAAGCUGAUUGCCUCCUCCAAUAUCAAUGGCGAAAUUUUUGACACCUGUGUUUUAUCUGAUUCAACGCUGUAUAUCGCAGGCAAAUUCUCAACAAUUAGCGGGCAUACCGUCAACAACAUUGCAUCUAUCGACUUAUCUAACUAUAACAUAAAAUCCUUGCAAUACGGUUUGGACGGACCUGUUUACAGUCUUUAUUGUGAUUCGGAUCAUCAGGCAGUGUAUGCAGGUGGUUCUUUCAGAGCACCCAUCAGUAGUUCAAUGGUUCAUUAUACAGAUUCAUUAGCCAAAUAUGGAGGCAGCAUUGCGGUUUGGAAAAAUAAUGAAUGGAAUGCGUUGCCUUGGAAAGGAAUGAAUGGACCUGUCUAUUCCAUUUUGAAGAAAAGCACUGACUCCAUACUUUUCGGAGGGAAGUUUGAUAUCACGACAGAUGGACAGAUGUAUCAUGCACCUGCAAGUCAUCCCAUCGCUUUAUCUGCAGACUAUGUUACAGCCAACAGCACAGCGAGUAAUUCAGCAGUCCCUGGAACCAUCGUUUGUGCAGAUGCUUUUAACAAAAAGCCUUGGAUUUUGGCUGAUGGAACAAGGGGUACAAUGGAAAUCACAUUCGUCGAAUACAACGUCAACCCUUCACUGAUAAGAAUCGCAAACUCAAAGCUGGAUAAUCACAAGACGAAAGAGUUCUCUGUUCGUUCAUUGACGGAUUCUUCCGUGAUCUAUGAAUUCACGUAUCUUGAUCCAGACACCAAUUUAGUAAAAAAAUGCUCGACAAAUUGUAUACUUUCAGCAAAUCCUACUGUGGACUAUCAGGAUUUUGUUAUCACCAAUCUUUCAAUGACGAGCGGCAUUGCCAUAGACGUAAAGUCAUGGUAUGGUGUUAGUGGCGGUUUGGCUUCUGUUAAAGUCUUUCAAUCGGAGAUCUUUACAUAUGCUGUUGAUCCUCAAAAGGGCAAUACAUGUGUAGCAAAUAGUAGCAAUAAUAAUAUGACGCUUCCUAAAGUCACGCUCCAUGGAGGGAGAUGGGACGCUGUCACCGAUGGCAUUCCCUAUUUAAGUGCUAAAGUGGAUGCAUCUGCUUUAUCAUCUUCUCCAUCUGUUACAUUUUAUCCCAACCUUCAAGAGUCAGGCAUCUACGAAGUUCUGGUUUACAAUCCAUCAUGUUCAACCGCCGGCUGCUCAGAUCGUACAGAUGUUGAUGUUAUUAUAUCGACUUCGCAGACUCAAACGGUAAACAGCUCACUCAGUCAAAAAAUAACAGGUGGCGCUUCAGUCUACACCGGCUACUUUGAUGUUGAUUCAGCAACAACAACUGAUAAUACAAGUACUGCCUUUCGGCCCAAUGUGAAACUUACAUUAGCACAUAAUGCUAGCUUUACAUCAUCGUCACCUUCCAAAAAUCUCGUUGCUUACGCUGUUCAAUUCAUUAAAUAUGCAACUGCACCAGCUUUAGCUAAUAUCUUGGAAUAUAACAGCUCCGUCACAAACAUCACAUCGACAGCUGUUCCAUGGGGCCCAUUAAAAGAUAACGUUCCUUAUCAUGCUACAGUAAAAGCAAUGGCGUUAGUGAAUAAUAACAUUUACAUUGGCGGCAAUUUUAGUGGAACUGAUACUAUAAAUGGAUCCUAUUCCAACAUUUUGCGAUAUGAUUUAUCCACUAAUUUGGUAAAGGCGUUACCACAAGGUGGUGUAAAUGGAAUGGUGGAAACCAUCAUUGGCGCAGGAAAUGAUGUUUACGUUGGAGGCGCUUUCUCAGCUCUUUCAUUAAGUGCUCAAACUUUUUCAAAGAGACAGAAUCCUUCAACUGCUACUAACUAUUUCGCGAAUAUGGCAAAAUAUGAUACUCAUACGAGUUCCUGGAGCCCAUUACGUGCUGGUGUCAAUGGCCCUGUUAAAUCUUUGAGCUUAAUUAACAAUGGCCUCAAUCAACGGCUUCUCAUUUCUGGGGAGUUCUCUGAAAUAUUAAAGACAAAUGAAGAGAAAUAUUCCAGUCGAUCCAACGGGCAUGCUUUUUGGGACAUGCAAAAUCAAAACUGGAAUGCUACUGAUAUGCCAUACUUAUCGGGUAUUACCUAUGGUUCGUUUAAUUAUAAAGGCAGCAGUUAUUUCAUUGGCAAUAUCAAAGCUGCGCAGAGAUACUCUUCUCACGGCAUUUCUUUCAUUACCUCACCUCAAGAAGAGGAAGAGACCAAUUCUGCUACUGCUCUACAACUACCUACAUUACUCAAUUUUAAUCCCACUGAUAAUGGCAUUGCAACAGUUUCUUGCGGUGCCAUCUACCGUAAUUCAACUGCAACGAGUCGAACAAUGGCUGUUCUUGCAGGAAAAUUUACUCUGCCCGACAACAACAUAAAAAAUGUGGCUAUAUACGACAAUGGUAUCUGGAGCGGUGUUGAUGGAGCGGAUGAUUGGGAAGGUGCUAUUCACAGUUCAGUUGUCAGUGGCGAUUAUCUGUAUGUGGGCGGACGAUUCUCUGGAUCAAAAGCCAGCAACCUUGCCAUAUUCCAAUUACCCACAGGCACGCUUUCACUAUCGCCGGAGGUUAUCGCAAGCGAUCAUUCGCCUGCGACUGUUAAUAUUAUCCGUCAUGACCCUAUUCAAAACCUCAUUGUCGUAGGAGGUAAUUUCAGCUCAAUUGGUUCGAUUUCGUGUGCAUCCAUUUGUUCUUUCGAUACCAAGAAGCUUCAGUGGAGUUCACUAGGAUCGGGUCUAUCGGGUGAAGUGAAUGAUGUUCAAUUUGUUAACAAUAAAUUGGUGGCGAGUGGUAAUUUGACGCUCAAUACUUCUCCAUUGUUGAUUGCUGAGUACGAUUUUCAAAAAAAUACUUGGGGACCAUUCAGUACGGCCGACCUACCAGGCCCAUCUCGUCUUUUGGCGUUCGACAAUGUAACCCAAAGCUUAUAUAUUACAGGGAAAGAAGAUAAGACUGGCGCUACUUAUUUUCGUACAUGGAAUGGUCAUCAAUUCAUCAAACCCGAACAAGAACUGGGACCGCAGAGUGUGAUCAACUCCUUAUCAAUUUUACCUCUAGUAAACACAUCUGAUAUCAGCAGUAGUAGUAAUAGUAACGAUGAUAACGGUAACAAUAGUAAGGGUAUUUUGUUGGCUUCCGGCUACCUCAAUUUAGGUUCGUUUGGAUAUGUCAGUGCUGCCUUUUACAAUGGUACAGCAUGGGUUCCAUAUUUGGUCACCUCCAAUGCAGAUGGAUCUAUUGAUGGUUCUCUAAGCAGCCUCUUCCAUAUGCCUCUACCUGUUAUUCUCAAUGAAAACAAGGGUUAUUUACCCAAGCCGCUCGUCAUUCUUGUUGCCAUUGCCAUCUCAUUGGGUAUAGUCUUUCUGAUUGUUUUAUUAGCCAUGCUGAUUCUAUUCUUCAAACGAAAACGCGAUGCUAAAGUGAAUCCUCAAAUGAACCCUGCUACCUACUAUAACAAGCCGCCCAUGUCUCCUGAUUCAUUAUUAGCCACCUUGAAGCAAAACGAUGUGAUACACGAGAAUAUCAAUUUUAAUGAAAAUGGAGACAGAAAUAAUGGCUAUUACUUUGGUACAGCAGAAAAACAAGGCAGCAAUCCUUUCAGAGAGAAUGAGAACCUGUAUCAUCUAUCCAGGACAAUCAGUAGGGAGUUCUUGAAUAAUUCAUCAACGAAAGCAGUGGCUACAACGACGACCGUAGCAGCUUCAGCAGUAGCCAAGAAGAGCAAUGAGUAUCCAUCAACGCAUUAUAAACAAGGAAUUCAGGAAAAAAACACAAUGUUACUUAACGAUGAGCAAGCUAAUGGUCAUGAAGCGUUACAGUCCGAUAGUAACAACAAUACAGCAAUGGAUGCAGUAGCUGGCAUAAAGAAAAUGUCUGAAAUGCCCAAGCGACACAGUCCCUUCAAUCCUUUUAGAAAUUUAGCUUUUGAUUCUACGGGUGCAGCGAUUGCAGCAACCAACAAUAAUGAUAACGAUAGUAAUGAUCCUUCUCUCCAGCCAGCUCCACAGCAAGGGAGCGAUAUUCGUUGGAAAACGACUAAUGUAGGAUCACCCAUUGAAACAGCUUAUGUUCCCGAAAGACUAGUAGAACCUGCGUCAGCAUUUGUCACAUCUCGAUCCAUGACCUUGGAUAAUAACGAGAAAACUAUAAAUCGAGAUAAAAACAAUAAUGACACUGUUACUCCUAUACCCAACACUACCAUUGCAUCAACAGAGAAAGAUACUAUUGUUUCGACUUCAUUACCAACCAACAGGGAUAAUGCUGGUGAAACAGCAUUGACAACACCCGCUGCAGCCAUGGGUACUAACGCCUUGGAUGGCCGAGCUGCUUCUAAACGUAUGGUAGAAGAGUAUUUCUCAAAACGUCCUAUCAAAGCUACCACUGCUUCAUCAGAUAGCAAACGCGAUAAACACAAAAGUGAUUUUAAAGCAAUGAUGGAUUCAGCCCUAAUCAAUAAUACCCAGACAACUACUGCAACAGAGGAUCAUCCUCAUUUGUAUUAUGCCAAGUUUGAUUUCAAAGCACGUGAAGAAGGUGAACUAGGUUUUAAGAAGUCGGACCCUAUCAUUGUCACAGAUUCGAGUGACGAUAUUUGGUGGAUGGGGUACAAAGCUGACAAAACUGAUGGCUCUUGUGUGCAAGGAGUCUUUCCAAGCAACUACGUCGAGAAAGCAACAAAUAUCCGCUAG